AGGAAAAAGGGAGGUCAAAGGUGACAUUGUGCAACAUUGCGCUAGUCCGUACGGGGUGACUUUGAGACGAAAUCAUCGUUUCAAUGACAAAUGCGGCCUGUAUAGACCGGAACUCUCUACGGAACGGUCUGCUCGCUCCCCCACUCUUCUGGAACUUUCUGUCAGCGCACAACUUCUGACCUGUUAUUGCGCAUGCGCGAUCUGGAGUCUUCCCUCACGUGGAGACAGAGCGCAGACUGUCCUAAGCUCGCGCAGAGAAGACGUGCAGCUCCGUUCAGAAAUGGUGAGGAGAGAAGAACGCGUCUGGUGUCCGGUUCUUCACAUGUCGUGUCUGUUUCUGUUAGCGGGGGGAGGGGAAGCUAACGAUGACCACCGCGCGCAAGGUCACGCUCCCGGGAAGGCCUUCAGGAAGUUCCUCCCUCUGUUCGACCGCGUGCUGGUGGAGCGGCUCAUGGCAGAGACCGUCACCAAGGGGGGCAUCAUGCUGCCGGAGAAAUCUCAGGGGAAAGUGCUGCAGGCCACAGUGGUGGCGGUCGGUCCCGGCUCCGUUAACCAGAAAGGUGACGUUCAGCCGGUGAGCGUGAAGGUGGGAGAGAAGGUGCUGCUUCCAGAAUAUGGGGGAACUAAAGUGGUUCUGGAAGACAAGGACUACUUCCUGUUCCGUGACGCAGACAUCCUGGGAAAAUACGUGGAUUGAGACUUGAUGGUCUUUGAGAGGAGAAAUGAUCUUCAUCCAUGUCUGUUUCCUUUUUUAUGUUGAAUUGUAAAUAAUCCCAUUCCCAUUUUUGACAUUAAAGAAGUAAAACCCUUUCAGAAGUG